CUAAACGGCCCAAUGAGAAAGUGGGCAGGCUUGGAUGUUGUCAUCAUCCGUUAUUUUGGAUCAAGAGGCCCGAUUCGUGCAGGAGGCUGCUGUGUGUUUAAGGACAAGUCCGAACCUCGAUUCGGUUCGUAACGAGCAUCUCUAUAAUCUGCUUGUCUUGUUUCUGAGAGUACAUACACAUCGAUCCCCGCUGCACCAUCGUCUUGACUGAGAUCCGGGUCACACUUGUCACCAUGAGCUCCUCAACCCCAUCUGUUGCUCUGCUGUGUCUGAUGGCGGCGGCUGUGGCAGCAAUUCAGAGCCCCCAGACAGUGUUUUUGGACAAACAGCAGGCGAGCUCAGUGAUCACCCGGCAGACGAGGAGCGUCGACACUGCUCAGUCUUCCAGCCUGGAGCAGGCUUGCAUGGAGAAGGUGUGCACCUAUGAGGAGGCCAGAAAAUUCUUCCAGGACUCUUACCGCACGGAUAUCUUCUGGUCUGUCUAUGUAGAUGGAGACCAGUGUGCAGAGAAACCCUGCAAGAAUGGAGCCCUGUGUUCGGACAGCGUGGGAGGCUACGACUGCGUCUGCAAGUCGGGUUUCACAGGGGUCCACUGUGAAACGGACCAGACUUUGUGCCCCUUGGAAAAGGACAAGGGCUGCUCCCAGUUCUGUAAGCCGGGCUACAUAUCCUACGAGUGUUCCUGCGCACGCGGAUGGAAGCUCACCGACAAGAAUAAGUGUGAGCCCGCAGUCAUCUUCCCCUGUGGUAAAGUCAGCAGUCUGAGUCGGUGGAAUAAUAGACAGGCCGGCAACGCCCGCACCAACUUUGAGGGUCUUACUUGUACUUCUUCCGAGUGUCCCUGGCAGGCUCUGCUGAAGAGUUCCGAGUCAGCAGGUUUCUGUAGUGGAGUCAUCCUAAAGGAGAACCUGGUGUUGACUUCAGCUCAGUGUGCCAACAAAUACAGCUCCUUCCAGGUGGCCGUCGGCAAGCGCAGCACCAACUAUGAAAGUGGAGAGCAGACACUGUAUGUAAAGGUUGUUCACGUCCACCCGCGCUAUGUGGAGGGACAUCCUGAAAACGACCUGGCUGUGAUUGAGCUCCGUGACCGCAUCACCUUUAAGAAAGAGGUGAUUGCUGCCUGUCUGCCAGAAAGAGACUUUGCUGACAGCAUCCUGAUGACGGGAGAGUUCCCCACCGUAGUCACCGGCUGGAAAGACGACAAACAGGCAUCUGCUUUCCAGGACCAGCUCACUCUUAACCACCUGGAGUACAACCGGCUGCCUCAGUGCCUGGAGGCGCACCCCAACAUGAUGACCAAUAAAAUGGGCUGCACUGCUCCGCGGGCCAAUGCCGACUGCACCAUGAGCUCUGGCAGCCCACUGCUCACCCUGUACAGGGAAGUGUUCUUCCUCACUGGGGUGGUGAGCCAGCCACCAGGGGCUGAGUGCAGCAAAGGCUACAUCUUCCAGAAAGUGUCGCGCUACCUCAGCUGGCUGCAGCCGCUCAUGGGCUCCCGUUAGAUGGAGCUUACAGGGAGAACAUGGAAGUUAUUGGUUAUAAAUUUAAUGCAGGUAAAUACAGUAUAUUCUAAGAGCAGGGAAUCAUAUGAACAUUUUCAUUGUGCACUUGUAGCUCAGUUAUUUCAUUAGCUUUCUCUUCCUGUCCUUAAAUCUCCCAGUAGAAAAACUAUCUUAACAACCACAGUUUCCUGUAGGUGGGUUCCCGUUUUCUUUCUUUGGACUUCCUCAUUUAUCCACAAGAUGGCUCUGUUAACAUUAACAAAGAAACAAAAUGUAUGCUUCUACCAACCAGAAGGUCAAAUACAGCAGCAUGAGAUUGUCCAGCAUGUCGCUUGUGAUGUGCACAUACGUUAUACUAACCUUUAAGUGAUGUUCUAUUAGCGACUACUGUACUGGAUAAUGUACGCCCUGUAACAUUCCUGGUAGUCACAGUUGUGUGAAUGUAAUAAACCUUAACACCACA